AUGCAAUUGGGGCAGUUAGCCAAUUCCAUAAAUUCUCGUGAACAAGGCAAUUUUCCUAGUAAGAUAGAGGCCAAUCUGAAAGAUCAUUGCAAGUUAGUCACAUUGAGAAGUGGUAAAAAACUUGGUCAGGUAAGUGGUGAGAUUGUAGUUGGUGAUGAAGUAGACCAUGAAGAGGUGAGCAAGAAGGUUGGUGAAGAAAUUGAGGACCUAGCCAAGACACCAUCCCCAUUACCACCAAUCGAACCUAAUGUCCCUCGCAUUCCUUUUCCUCAAAUGCUUAAGCAAAAUAAAAUUGAUCAACAGUUUGAGAAAUUUUUGAAAGUGUUUAGACAGGUUCACAUUAAUAUUCCUUUUGCAGAUGCCUUAACAAAAAUUCUUGCCUAUACAAAGUUCCUAAUGGAGAUCAUAUCCAAGAAGAGGAAAUUCGAGGAUUUUGAGACCAUUGCAUUGACAUGGGAAUGCAGUGCCAUUAUCCAAAAUAAGCUUCCACCAAAGCUAAGAGAUCGAGGGAGUUUUUCUAUCCCUUGUACUAUAAGUGAUGUUAAUUUUUCUAAAGCUUUGUGUGAUUUAGGUGCUAGUGUUUCACUAAUGCCUUUACCUAUGUCUAGGAAGCUUAAAGGAGUUGAAGCCUAUUACCAUCUCUUUGCGGCUAGCUGA